AGCAGGUUAAUCGGGAUCGACCGAUUACGCUCGUGUGAAGCCGAUAUGGCCGGAGAAUCGAACCAAGGCGGUGGAGAUGGCCACCGAGAACACUUGGAACGAAGGAAAAUUAACGAUCCCUCAUCACCUUAUUUUCUGUCAAGCUCGGAUCACCCGGGCAUGAUGAUAUGUGCCGUCUCUCUCAAAGGAGAGAAUAAUUAUCGGGAGUGGAGUACGGCAAUGAAAAACGCAUUCCGUGCCAAACGGAAGAUGGGUUUUCUUGACGGAACCAUUGAGCGACCUCUGACUGCACCAAAGGAUCUUGAAGACUGGCUAACUGUCAACUCUAUGACGGUUGGUUGGAUUAUGACCUCUGUGGAUCCGGCCUUGAGAACUAAUCUCGCCUACAUGGAGAGUGUACAUGAUCUCUGGAUUGAUCUAGAGGGACGGUUCUCAGUAGCAGAUGCCAUGAGAACACAUGAACUCAAAGAACUUAUCCGAGAUUGUAAGCAACAUGGUCAAACGAUUACUUCAUACUUCGGGCAACUGAGAUCUUUAUGGGAAGAGUAUGAUGGAGUGCGAAAUUUUCCCCAAUGCAAAUGCAAUGGGUGCACAUGUGACCUCAAGAAGCGGUUUCUUAAACACGUAGAAUCUGAAAAAAUUCAUGAUUUUUUAAUGGGGCUUGAUCGAGAGACAUAUGGAACUUUACGUUCCAACAUAUUGGGGACGGAUAACGACUUGCCUUCACUGACUAAAGUGUACCAAUUGGUGGUACAAGAAGAGCGGCAUCAGAAUUUGACACGAGGAAAGGAAGGAAAAACCGAGGCAGUUGCAUUUGUUGCACGUUCCGGAGCUACCGCCGGAAAAGAAGAACGAGUAAAGUGUACAUACUGCCACAAGCCGGGUCACGAGAUUGAAAAUUGUUUCCGUCGUACUGGAGUUUACCCGGAUUGGUGGCAAGACAACCCAGGGCGCUCUGGAACUAGCCGCGGAGACAGGGGCCGUGCUGCACCAAGCCGUGGCAGAACCGGACGCGGAGGUACAGGACGGGGAGCAGGUCGUGGUGGUGCGCAAGCCAUGCACGUUGGAGGACAUCACCCGGAGAAUUACCCGCAGCAAGGAGGAAAAGAGAUUACUGCUCUGCAUAAACCCAGCUUCACUGAUGAACAAUGGGAGAUGUUUAUCAAGUUGAUGGAGAACUGCAAGGCAUCAAGUUCGGAAGAAAAGCUCUCAGGACCUACUUAUGAGGAUGCCGAUUGGAGUGGGUGAACGGCGAGGUGGAGUUUAUUAUUUCCGGGGUCUGGAGCAAGCACAAGCACUUGCAGUGGGAGGUUCAGAUUCAGGAACUUUGUGGCAUUCAAGGUUGGGACAUCCAUCGAUACAAGUUUUGCGUUCACUUGGUUACUUGAAUAAAGCUUUGUUGCAUUCUGUUCAAAAUAAAACGUGUGAUGCUUGUAUGAGAGGCAAACAGACACGCGAUAGUUUUGUUAUUAGUAAUUCUAGAGCUGUUGAACCAUUUGAAUUGAUACAUUGUGAUAUUUGG